CUCCACUCCGCCGCGCCGAGCCAGCGAGCGGGCGGGCGGGCGGCAGCUCUCGCCGGGCGCCGGAGCCCACGGGAGGCGGCGGGCGCGGGCCGGGGCCGCGGCGGGGCCCGGCGGCGGCGGAGGAGGCGCGGCGAGUUGGCGGCGGCCCAAGCUCGCCGGAAAGUUGGUGCCGGCUGAGCCAGCGGCGCCCGCUCGCCAUGCAGAGACCCAGCGGCCAGGGGACCGCCUUCUCCAUCGACUCGCUCAUCGGGACUCCGCCGCCGCGCUCCGGGCACCUGCUCUACACCGGGUACCCCAUGUUCAUGCCGUACCGGCCGCUGGUGCUGCCGCAGGCGCUGUCCCACGCGCCGCUGCAGUCGGGGCUGCCGCCGCUGGCCCCGCUCGCCUCCUUCGCCGGCCGCCUCACCAACACCUUCUGCGCCAGCCUGGGCCAGGCCGUGCCCUCCAUGGUGGCCCUCACCACGGCCCUGCCCAGCUUCUCCGAGCCCCCCGACGGCUUCUACCCGCCGCAGGAGCUGCCCCCACCGCGCGCCACCCCCGACGCCGGCUGCCGGCGGGGCGCCGAGGGCCUGGAGGCGGAGGAGCUGCCCCCGGGGCGCGACAAGGGGCCGCCCGAGCCGCCGCUGCACUUCCCGGACCCCUUCCCCGGCCUGGCAGAUGGGAAGGCGUACAGCUCGGACGAGGAGAAGCUGGAGGUGAAGUCGGCGGCGACGCCGUGCAGCGAGCGGGAGGAGGAGAGCUCGGCGGGGGACAGCGAGGAGGAGCCUUUCCUGGACGGGACGGCCGCGGCCGCGCUGGGCGCCAAGGCCAAGGGCAAGGGCGGCCCCUCGGCCGAGCAGGCCCCGCCGGGCUCGGGGGCGGGCAAGAGCCGGCGGCGGCGCACGGCCUUCACCAGCGAGCAGCUGCUGGAGCUGGAGAAGGAAUUCCACUGCAAGAAGUACCUGAGCCUCACGGAGCGCUCGCAGAUCGCGCACGCCCUGAAGCUGAGCGAGGUGCAGGUGAAGAUCUGGUUCCAGAACCGCCGCGCCAAGUGGAAACGCAUCAAGGCGGGCAACGUGAGCAACCGCUCGGGCGAGCCCGUCCGCAACCCCAAGAUCGUGGUGCCCAUCCCGGUGCACGUCAAUCGCUUCGCCGUGCGCAGCCAGCACCAGCAGAUCGAGCAGGGCGCCCGGCCCUGAGCGCCGUCGGGGCUCUCGGACCCUGGGGCGGGCAGGCGGCCGGCGGCGGGGGGGGCCGGCGCGGCCCGAGCGCCCGCUCGCACUCCUCUGUACAUGUCCCUUAUUUAUUCCGUGUAAACUCUGUACAUAGGGCAGCAUGUCCGUCUGUCCGUGCCGCGGGGAGCGCGGGCUGCCUGGCCCCCGCGGGUCCCGCCGUCCAGCCGCGCCGGGCCUGGGCCGCGCUGCCCGCGGCGCCCACCCGUGUAUAGCCGUGAUUUCAAUAAAUUAUUUUCUAUGGA